CGCUUCUUACGACCUUACUGCAUCAGCAGUCAUUACAUCACACCACAUCAAUACCUCCUCCAUCUGGGAACAUCCAGACAUACUCGGCAUAUACCUCCGUCUGAUAAUAAUCAGACAUACUCGCCAUCCACCUCCUCCAUCUGGUAGCGUCCAGAUAUCAAUCGACAUUACUUCCGUCUGAUAAUCAGACAAAGCAACAUCAAUCACAUCUAAAACACCAUAUAAGACAACAUAUAAAACAACAUAAAAACCAACAUGUCGACCUGGCAAGACCUGUUCGACACCGACCCUCAGGGCACCCGGGCAUUCAUCGACCCACGUGCCACCGACCUCAACAUCAUAUACGACACCACAAUGACCCCAACCAACAUGUUCGAAACACGCCCACAUGCCCCUGCCCACCGACCAACCUCGCAGUGGCAUAGCGACAUCGAAACAUACCUCCAGACAUCAACCGAAUCCGACGGCGAAAUCCGACCCUCCGCGCGCUCACUCACCAGACUGCGUCGCUUCGACUCACCACCACGCCCUUACGUCUCCCUUCGCCCUCACCAUUGGAGACGCCUCCAGGUCGCCCUCCUCUCGGUGCAGCUUCCGCACAACCCGCAGACGCACCCGGCUCCGCCACUCCGACCAGCGCCCCACCUCGAAGCAGUAAUCGACCGUGCGUGGGCCGAUCCGACACUCGUCGCGGGUAUCGAGAAGGCGGCGGGGAAGCAUGGGGCUGAUGUCGUCUCUGUGAUCUUCGAGGUUACGGGUGUGUCCUACCCUUCGGGGACCGAGUUCGGGGGUAGUAGUGGUAGUGGUGGUGAUGGUGGUGGGCGGUCGGAGGGGGAGUCCGACUCGGUGGCGGAGGCGGAUGAUAAGGCGAGUUGUGGUGAUUGGGGGGACUCGGUUGGGCACGCCGGGUUUCGGUUUUCGCAGCGGCGACGGGUCCCUGUGGCUCGCGUCAUGCUCGGCUCGCACGUUUCGUCGCUCGGCCGGCUCAUUCUGCAGUUGCGGAUUGGGUCUUUGUUAAAGAGGAGGAGAUUGAAUGAAUGGGGGUUUGACGUUUCCAUUAAUACGCCAACUCAGUUUAAGUGGGGGAAGAUUGAUGAGGAAAAGAGGUGGUGGUGAUUUGUUUUAUUUCUUUUUAUAUGUCUUUCUUGUUUCUUCUACGUUUCUUCUUUGUUAUGUUUUACGUUUGAUGUCUGUCAUGUCUUAUGUCUUAUGUCUUUCAUAUGUUUUGGGUCUUUGAUAUCUUAUGAUUUUUAUGCUUUCAUGUUGUCUUCUAUUCAUGUAUUUUAGUACAGGCCUUGGU